GCCGAGUACGAACCAUCCUUUGAAACCUAGGUACAUUUUGAGUUGCAAAGCUAUCUGCCACCCCGGCUGUUUCUAGCGAACGAAGCGUUCGCAACAGAUACCAUUGGCCAACGGGCUGUAAGCCAUUGUCAGCUAUCGCUAGACGGCAGUUAACAUCAUGGCUGUCCUGUUCUCUGUCGACCGAUCAGAUCAUCGCGUGAAGCUGGGAGUGGAAAUAGUCUCAAUGCCCUGCAUUCCAGCAGAAGAACCAGCCACGGUUUGUUCUCGCGGCCAUAGGACUAUUUGCGUUCGGGACUCCGAGCUUACUUUAUCAGUGAAGCCAGCAUCCCCGUCCACGUGGUCAGUAGCCUAUCGCCUUCCUGGCUGCUGCUAUCGUGUCCAACACAGAGCUGUUGGUCGAGUUACAGCGGCUGUUUCCUCCAGUCGUACGCACCUUUUCCACGGGUAGGGUUCUAGCUAGACCUACAAUGCUACAUCUUUGAAAACCUGGUCUAGGUUACAUGAGACUGGCUAUGAGCUAGAUAAGGUCUCGCAACCGCACCUCCUUCACUCGACACGUUUGGGCUCGUGCAUCUUUUGCACUCUCUUUCCUCGCGCAGCGACUCGACAUGGCGUCUAUCGACGAGAAAUCUGGCGUCGUCGAAGCCAGAGAGCUUUCAGAUGAGAAGAAAGAGAGCACUGAUAGUGGAUCGUCAGAACUAUUCGACGAGCCCUACGUUCCCGACGACAGUGAUGAGUUCAUUGAUCCUCGCCUCAAAGACUACCCCAUUCCGCUUGUGGCAAAGACCGUGGACUUGCACAAUGACCCUACCGAACCAAUCUUAACCUUCCGCUUUUGGUUUCUCAGCACAUUUUGGGUCAUCAUUGGCUGUGCCAUCUCGACUUUCUACUUCUUCAAGCCAUACGAUAUGGCAUUGAGCUCUUACACGAUUCAGCUUCUCGCAUGGGGCAUGGGCGAUGCUAUGGCUCGAUGGCUACCGAAGCGAACGUACACUACCUUUGGCUAUCAGUGGUCCCUCAAUCCCGGGCCUUGGAAUGCGAAAGAGCACGCGCUCAUCGUUGUGGCUUACUGGGGCUCCUGCUAUACCGCGUAUGGACUAGGACCUUUGAGCGCGCUUCAAAUAUAUUAUGGGCACAAGAUCUCGACUGGCUGGAGCAUCAUAUUCCUCCUAUCUACGCAGUUGAUAGGGUAUGGCUUCGCGGGUCUCUUCCGCGAUAUCUUAGUGCGACCGCCGAGACUGUACUACCCAGGCGUACUGCCGAAUGUUGCGUUGUUCAAUGCAAUGCAUCGCAAUCCGACCGUCACAAAGAAAUCCAUCAAGUUCUUCGUAUGGAUUGCUACAGCUGCCUUUGUGUAUCACUGGCUGCCAGAGCUGAUGUGGCCGGUACUUGCUUCUCUACCCAUCAUCUGCUAUAUGGGCCACGGCAAUCCCAUAGCUUAUGUCUUGGGCUCUGGUAACAAAGGAUUUGGUUUCCUCACGCUCAGUCUUGACUGGAAUUACCUCAACACAAGCGCGCUUGGCGGUCCUAUGUACACCCCUCUCUGGUCAUAUAUGACGCAGUCCGCAGGCGUCAUUUUCGUGUGCUGGCUCUUGUAUCCAAUCCUCUACUACACGAAGACGCUCGAUGCACAGACCUUCGCUGCGAUGUCGUCGGACACUUUUGACAAGAAUGGAUCUACGUACAACAUCAGCAGAGUGAUGACCCCACAAUACACCUUGGAUCAAGCAGGCAUGGACGCGUACUCGAGACCUUAUUGGGGUGUAUCCUACGUCUUCUCCUUCUUUUGGGGAUUCGCAUCGAGCACCGGUGCAAUGCUUUAUGCUGCGCUAUGGUAUGGCUCCUACGUCUGGGCUGCAGCCAAGAAGCCUUUCCAGAAGGGAGACACCCGUGAGGACUACAACGAUCCAUACGUCAAGCUCAUGUCAUUUGACCCACGAGUGCCUCACUGGUGGUACGGCGUUAUGCUUGCCAUCUGCGUUGCUCUCUCCCUCGGCACCAUUUACGGAGCUGGCCUGCAGCUGUCUUGGUGGGGCUUCCUCCUCAUGGCACUCAUCGCCUGGAUCUUCACUUUCCCUAAUGGCAUCCUCUGGGGCGUUGCGAAUCAGCAGAUCGGAAUGUCCUACCUGUCUGAGGUGAUUGCCGGGAGUCUGUUUCCGGGACAGCCCAUAUCUGUACUCACCAGCAUGACAUAUGCUCGUCAGAUACUCGAGCAGAACCUGAACCUCAUUUCAGAUUACAAGUUUGGCUUCUAUAUGAAGAUUCCCGAGAAGGAGAUGUUCAUUGGCCAAGUCUGGGGUACCGUACUGGGUCCUUUCGUCAACGUCGUUUUGAUGCAAGUCGUGAUCGAUAAAAUUGGCAUUCCGACGCUCAAAGGCGACAUUCCUUCGGUCAAUUGGCUGGCUGUAACCUCGAGGAGCUUCUACUCGAUCUCUGUUCUCUGGGGAGUCAUUGGACCUAAAGUGUUUUUCGGAAGUGGAUCGCCAUACCACUUUGUAUACUACGGCUUUAUCUUAGGACCCGCAGUUGUCCUCAUUGUCUGGCUUAUACAGAAAUGGAAACCCAACUGGAACAGCGAAAUCUACUGCAACCCAAGUCUAUUCUUUUACGGUGCCUGCAGGUUUCCAAAUUCUCCGAUGACCAACUUCUUCCCCGGAUUCCUUGUGUCGUUGACAUUUAUGGGUGCCCUCUACCGAUGGCGACCAGCCUGGUGGCGCAAGUACAACUAUCUUCUUGGCACAGGAUUGGAUUGCGGCACCCAGGUGAUGCAAACCGUUCUGAUCUUUGUCGUCAAUCUUCCUGGUCUGAGCUUUCCAACUUGGUGGGGAAACAACCCCAACGUCGUGGAUCUCUGCUUCCCACCGAAUAGUAAAUUGCCCCCGGCUAUGCAAAUCAUCCCAGACUCUUCUUGAGGAAGACGCUUGGGGCUGGGGAGAGGAGAAGAUGGGAAGGAAACAUGGAGAGGCGUAACAUUUGCCCUUUGAUCUCACACCGUCUCGUCGACAUAUCGGAGAGGAACUGCGAGCCUGGAAAUGUCGCACUAUAGCUGACUGAUAGAUGAUGACCCAACUUGAGUAACGAUGCUUGAUCGGAAUAGUUGGUACUUCAAUGAUUUUACCUGUUUU